AUGUUUCUGGCACAUGAAAAGUAUUUACGUAUUGAUUUAAUGCACAUAAAUCUGUUUGAUAGCCGGUCUUUAAGUCAUUUAGAAAACUUGUUUGUGACUGACAAAGAUAUGGAGUGCGAUAUUGAAAACCUCGAAAAUCUUUUGUUAUUGAAAACAAAAAUAAAAAAUUUUUUUUUGAUACUAUAUGAUGAAUAUCACUGGUCAGCAAAAGUGAGAAAAUUUUUAAAAUUGUUAAUAUCAGACGAUCUAACCAAUUUAACGUCGUUUAAUUUAUUUUCUUUUAGUGGUGAUCUGCCUUAUGCUUUAGAAAAUAUUUCAUUUAAUAUUAAUCAAUGUAGUUGUUUGGUCAAUCUUAGGGAAUUGGAUUUAUAA